UAUUGAUGGAAUUGAAUGGGAGCUAAAGUUAGCAAGAACUUGGAUUCUAGGCAAAACCCAGAAAUUAUCUACUCCAUGGAUGAGAAACCAAAAGAAGGAUCAUCCAUAAUUGAAUUACUCAAGCCAGGAUGCUUCAAAGCAAAGAAGACAAAGACUAAUAGGAAAAGAACAUUAGAGGACUGGCUCUUAGCCUCUCCUAGCAUGAAGCCGGAUUGCAUAACUGUAGGUGAACUUCAUGUUUCCAAACAAUUCUCCAAAAGGGUACAUCCAUCAUCUUCUAUAGAAGCUCAUAAAGUUGUACUCUCCAAAGCAGGAGAGAGCUUUUCCCUAGAAAGAUUGGUUAUCCUUGACAGAGAGGCUGAUCUAGAUUGUAUCAAUUUUUCUUCAAUGGAUGUUUCCUCUGCAAUUAAAAGGAGCAAAAGUAAUGAAACGAAGAAGAGGGUAAGCUUUAAGUUGCCUGAAGAGGCUGACAUAAUCAUUUUUUAUUCACCAUAUUAAGGAAUCAAUGGAAUGGCAAAGACAUUUCUCAAAUGAAUAUAGGUACAAGUUUAUAGAGAGUGGACGUUAUUGGGUCUUUUCUGCCACCAAAUGGUAGCAGCUUUUCUAUUCUUUUAAUUUCUUUUCUCUUUUUGCGUCUUGUCGUUAACAGGAAAAAAAUAAAAUAAGGAUGUAUGAAACUAUUUCAUGGUUUAAUUUAAUGUA